UCACGCGCGAACCAGCGCGUCGGAUUGUCAGCGCCUUCAUGCACCCGGGCUGCAGGCCAGCAAGUCCCCGCUUUGCGCCAUUCGACGCUGUACUUGUGGUAUAUAGGACCCUGCUUCCCAUAAUUUUGUGCGCCACGGGAUACUCAAUCGCGGACUUUAGUUCCGUGGUGCUUUUGUCAAGGUAGUUUGGUUGGCCAAUUGCUUGCGCCGAGGUUCCUGAAAAGAAAGAUCGCGAAGUCAUACCCGGGUGAACUUCAAACGCCAGCUGGAGAGCUUCUGGACUACAACUUCCGUUCUCAUCUGAGGGCAAUACAUCGAUAUUUUCUAUUGUAAGAGAGGAGGAAUUUAGCCCACCAUGUCGCUCUCGCAACGAGUGACGUCGAUAGAGGAGCAUGAGCCGUGGAGUAGAGAGGCAAGCCCGGACUCUAGGCACCGGAAAAUGAGCUUCAACCCAGUCGGCACAUGGACGGAGCAAACUGGCGAAGAACCAACAAUAGGCGCAUUCGAAGUGCCCAAGUGGAAGAGACUGCUCCAGGUCUUACUCGCCGUUAUCUACUGCCUCUUCGCCGCCGGUGUCGUCUUCGGUUACGCCGCGAUAAAACCCGUACUGCUUGAGGAGGGUGUAUACAGAGAUUACUGCACAAAGGAAGAACUGGAUCAAGAUGUACACGUCUGCUACGAACAGGAGCUCCGGCUCAACCUCAUGUUCACGAUUGCCGCUGUAUCCACGAACGUCGUCGCGCUUCCUGUCGGUACAAUCCUCGAUCGCUUCGGACCACGCGUGUGCGGUAUAACUGGGGCGAUAUCUAUAACGAUUGGCGCAUUGCUUUUCGCGUUCGCAAAGGAAUUGCCCCUUGAUGGUUAUAUCCCUGGAUAUCUGUUCAUGGCGUUGGGCGGACCGUUCAUCUUCAUUUCAUCGUUCCAACUCAGUAACACAUUCCCGCAAUACUCUGGACUGAUCUUGGCACUUUUGACUGGAGCUUUCGAUACUUCGAGCGCGAUCUUUCUGAUGUACCGACUUAUCUACCAAGGUACAGACGGUAACUUCUCGAUCAAGAAGUUUUUCCUUAUCUAUCUUAUCGUUCCGGCCUUUAUCCUUGCGGUGCAAGUCCUUUUCAUGCCAUCGGUGUCUUACAAGACAGUUGGUGAACUCGUUACCAGUGCAGAGGAGGAGCAGGUCAUCCACGACUCUGACGACGAGAUUGAAGAUGCCGCGACGGUUCGAAGCAUACAGGAUGCGCGACGAGCACAUCGCGACAGCAUUGUCAGCGAAAUCACAUCUUUGCUUGGCACCAAAGACGGCAAGAAGCAAGCCCAAGAGGAAGACAAGAAGAAGAAUAUCUCAGGUGUUUGGGGAGCGCUACACGGUCGCACCGCCAGCCAACAGAUCCGCACUCCUUGGUUCAUUCUUAUUACACUGUUCACUGUCCUCCAGAUGACGCGUAUCAACUACUUUGUCGCCACAAUCCGGACGCAGUACACUUACCUUUUCCAUGACUACAACAAGGCGGUUGAGAUCAACAACUUCUUCGAUGUUGCACUUCCAGUCGGCGGUGUCUUGUCAGUUCCAUUUAUCGGUCUGCUUCUCGACAACACAAGCACUACCUUUACACUAUCUUUACUCGUCACCGUGGCGACAACUAUCGGAGUACUGGGUGUGAUUCCGGAGACAUGGGCCGCAUACGCCAACAUCAUCCUCUUUGUGCUAUAUCGACCUUUAUACUACACCGCAGUCUCCGAUUAUUCCGCCAAGGUCUUCGGCUUCGCCACCUUUGGCAAAGUCUACGGCCUCAUCAUCUGCCUUGCCGGUGUCCUCAACUUCUCGCAAUCUGCCCUCGACGCUGCUACGCAUAAGACCUUCAAGAACGACCCUGUACCUAUCAACGUCAUCUUGCUCAGCUUGGCGCUGCUUGUCGGUCUCGCACUUGUGGCAUUUGUGUGGCGCAAGAGUCAUAAGAUUCAACGAGAGAACAUUGAAGAGGAGGCUGAGGAAGCGAGGGAGACACUUAUGCCGAAUGCUAGUGAAAUAAAUGGAUACGGAUCGAUGAAUGGAAGUGGGACAGCGAGUCCUGGCGAGGAGGAUAGAGGCAGGAGGAUGUGAAUGUGAGGUGUGUCUUUCCUGGUAUCUAACUUGCUAUUUGCGUUUUCUUUUCUCAGCAUGUAUGGCAUGGCAAGGCGCUGGAUGGAUUUCUGCUGUGCGAUUUUCAAGAACAGGGUCACGCAUGACGAAAUGAGUCGCACGAGUUUUACCGAGAAUGCCAAAUUUGCUAUGAUGAUAGCCCUUCGCUGUGAGUACCUGCGAUAGUAACGAUGUACUAAAGCAUAGGCCAAGGACCGUUUCCAUACAAGAUCAGGCCUCCAGCGGACGCAAGGGCACAUUCUGUAUCGUGGUGGACAGCAACGCUGACUGAUUCGAGGUAGAGACUAUCCGACGACCUUUUCCGCCGCGACGAACUCGAGUGCAUGUAUCACCCUUCAAUUGUAGCCUAAAAUAGAAUUUUGAACCACUGGUUGCGUGGAUUCCGG